UUACUUGUUACUGUCAGAUGGUGAUGAAGUCAAUACUUUCAAACCUCGUCCUAAGUUAUUGCCAGGUGUUCACCUGGAGGCGCUCCGCACGGCCAUCCCAUGACACAUGCCACUAAACACUAAGCAGGAAGUUUGGACCCCCAAUGCAUAAUAUUUUGGGCGUUGCAAACGGAAUUCUCCAGACCUAAAGGAUAGGCUACAGCUCCUAUAUCUCCUUUCCCAUGUCCGAACCUUUCUCUCUCUCUCUCUUCUUGAAACAAGGUUUCCGGUCUAGCUCGAUCUUCCAAUCACAAAAGCUUUUUUUCUCUUCGAAUACACGAGAUCAAGGUUCUGAAACAUUUUCAAAAAUUCCAUGGAAGCCACGAGAGGAGGUGAAGCAACAGGGUUUCUAGAAAAGGUCCUUCCUCCACGCCUGGAAGACGCGGGACUCGAGGACUGCGCUCUUCCGCCAGAUUCCAUACACGAGGCCUUCCGCAAAGCCGCCUCCGCUGUCAAGUCACGUGCCGCCUUCUUCCACUCUGACGAUGAAGAUGAGGAUGAACCCGGAUGCCUAGACGACCUAUUUCCCGACAACGCCAAGUGCUCCUCCGAUUUCCUUGCUUCGCUACCUUGUCCGGACAUGUCUGACGUGCUGGUGGUUGGAGAGCCUUCGGACCCCGCCUCGGACUCGGUGGGAGGCUGCGUGAAAGAAAAGGAAGGCGGUAGGGAAGUGGUGGAAGGUAGGGAUGCGGUGGUCGUGGGUGGUGACGGUGUAGAGGCGGGGGAUGGGAGGGGUUGUAUAGAUGAUGAGCUCAAGGGUUUGGAGAUUGGAGUGAAAGAGAAAAGGAAGAAGGAAAAUCAGGAGGAGGAAGAGACGGGAAAGGAAAAACCAAUUCUGGUUGAGGGUUUUGCGUAGGAUCCUAGUAUGGAUGCUUAAUGUAGCUCCUGUUUGUACAAGUUUCUUCUGUUCUUAACUUCAAUAGUUUGGAGGUGAUGGACGAAUGUGAUUCGAUGAUGAAGCUUGCUGGUUUUAUGUAGCUGAAGUCAUGGAAAGUUUGUGAUAGUAAAGGAACUUUUUGAUUUAGUAUAUCAAUGUAGCAGCAUCAGUUUUUUGAUU